AUGGGAUCCUGUGAAUCGUGUGCGGAGAUCGUGUGUCCAGCGGGUACAUGGUGUGCCCGGGGCACUUGUGGGUGUCAGGCAGCCUGCGCUGAGGCAGCUCGAGAGCCUGUCUGUGGAGACAACCGGAGGACGUAUCCACACCACUGUGCACUGAGGCGGAGUGCCUGCGAGGCUAAGGCGCGAGGCGAGCCACCGCCUCGAGUCGCAUACUACGGCGAGUGUACGGAACAAGAUGAGAAUAAUACUGCAGACGGUAACAGAUCAUCGAAGUACACAGACUUGAGCAACGAGAUCCGCGCGGGAGAUGAGAAUGAGAACUCUAGCGAAGCUGUGACCGGCACCGCGGUGUGCGCGCGAGUGCAGUGCGCGUACGAAGCUACGUGCGCUGUCGACUCUAAUGGACAACCCAGAUGCGCAUGUCUGUUCGAUUGCGCGGCCGCAGCUGCAGCAGCCGCGUCGUCGGCUCCAGUGUGCGCGUCCGACCUCAGGCUGUACCCAACUCUGUGUCAUAUGAAGCUGGAAGCGUGCAGAAGACAGGAAGAUCUCAGGCUACGACCACUGCCUGUAUGCCGAGGGUUAGAGUUCAGGCCUUGUGGUGAUGAUGAGCCACUGACAGAUGCUGAAGGUAGACCCAUCGAUUGCGGCGGUGGUCCUCAUAGGAAGGACUGCCCAGUCGGUAGCUACUGCCAUCACACUGCCAAAGCUGCCCGAUGCUGCAGGAAAGAUAAAGCAGUUGUUGAGAAGAAAGGUUGCCAGGAGUCUUGGCACGGUUGCUGUGCUGACGGUGUGACUCCGGCUCGAGGGCCGGGUGGUGCCGGAUGUCCAGCCGUAUGCGGCUGUCACCGGCUCGGGUCCGUUAAUGAACAAUGUGAUGAAGAAGGACAAUGUGCCUGCCGCCCCGGGGUCGGUGGCCAGAAAUGUGACCGUUGCGAACCUGGCUAUUGGGGACUUCCUAGAAUCGGCACCGGACAUACUGGUUGCAUACCUUGCGGUUGUUCUGCGUUCGGAUCAGUACGAGAGGAUUGCGAACAGAUGACAGGUCGAUGUGUUUGCAAGCCAGGCAUACAAGGACAGAAGUGCACCGUCUGUUCCAACCACGAGCAUACACUGGGACCUAAUGGCUGUUUUGAUCCGGAAUCUACACAACUGCCAGCAACCAACUGCGAGCACAUGACGUGUUACUUCGGCGCGCACUGCGCGGUGCGCAGCGGGCUGGCCGCGUGCGACUGUGGCAGCACGGAGUGUCCGCCGGCCGACGGGCCCUCCGUCUGCGGCAGCGACGGCCGCACCUACCUCUCUGCUUGCCACCUGCGCACACACGCCUGCAGGACCCAGUCCGACGUCGUGGUGCAAGCCUUCGGGCCAUGCAGCGAGGAGGCACCCCACGUGCGCCGAGGUAGUCGCGCCAGUAGGUCCAACCGCUCGUCCCUCACUCGGCAGAAUAGUGACCUCCACACCAGCACGCACGUGGACCCCGACAAAACAUCGCUCAAAGACUUCGAGUAUAUCAAACAAAGCCCCAACUCACUGCAGUUCACUGACGCUUCCGUAGACACCAGUGAUAGCGGCAAACCCGACAGUCCUGAACCCGAGCUCACCUGUAUUGACAUACUCCCGCCAAUUGGAUAUCGCUAG